AUGAUGACGACGACGACGACGACGUCAAGACCACCGCCGCUCCGCACCGCCCUGAUCGGCCUCUCGUCCUCGCCGACCGGCUACGGCUGGCUCAACCACUUCCACCUGCGGGCUCUGCAGGCACGCCCGGACACUUUCGAGAUCGUCGCCGUGCUGGGCUCGUCGCCGGAUAGCGCGCAACGGGCCAUCGCGACGCACGGCCUGUCCGUCUCCACGGUCCGCGCCUACGGCUCGCCGCAUGACCUGGCGCAGGACGAGGCGGUCGAGUUUGCCGUGGUCGGCGUCAAGGUGCCCCUCCACCGCGCCGUGCUCGUUCCAUCGCUGCUGUCCGACCGGUCGAGCGUGAAGGGCGUGUUCGUCGAGUGGCCGAUCGGCGUCUCGCUGGCGGAGAGCGAGGACAUCGUGCGGCGCACACGCGACCGCGGGGUUCCUCUCCACCGCACGGCCGUCGGACUGCAGGGUCGUUUCUCCGCCGUCACGCAGCGGAUCGCGCAGCUCGUGCGCGCCGGCCGGGUGGGGAGGGUUCUCAGCACGACGGUGGUGGGCACGGUGCCGACGGGGGGCGGGACGGUCGAGAAGCGCGGCGUGCAGUAUGCGCUGGACCCGGCGAACGGGGCCACCAUGGUCGACAUCCACCUGGCGCAUUUUGUCGAGUGUUUGACCUUCGCGUUAGGUGCGGAGGUCGCGACCGUCUCGGCACAGGUGAGGACGAUGCACCCGACGACGGACAUUGUGGAUGAUCUCACGGGCGAGGUGGUCGAGAAGGACGCCCCGAAGAGGAGUCCCGACCAGGUCCUCGUUCAGGGGUUGCUGAGGAGGACGAGGAGGUCGAACCUGGACUCGAGAUUGAGAUCAGACCAGCACGACGAAGGCGAAGGCGGUGGAGCAGGGGCAGGAGGAGGAGGAAAAGGAGAAGAAGAUGACAGCGUCUACAGCAUCCACAUGCGCGGCGGCACCAGCAUCGCCGGCGGCAUGACCUGGCUGAUCUACGGCACGGCGGGCGAGAUGGCGAUCACCAGUCCCGUACACAUGAUCCCGCACAUCAACGUGCCGGCGCCGUGGAAGAUCCGGACCAAGACGACGAGGGAAAACGACAGCAAAGAAGAGGAGGUAGAGGAAGAGGAAGUCUCGGAGCAAGGUCCCCAGGGGCAGCAGCCCGCCGUGGCGAGACUCUGGGAUGCGUUCGUGGGUGCUCAGGAGGAGGAGCAGCAAGGCAGCUGGCCGGAUUUUGAACACGGCUUGAAGAUCCAUCGCGUGGUCGACGCCGUGUGGACGAGCAGUCGAGACGGGCGGGUGGUGGAGGUGUCCUGA